UCCAUCCCUCCCAUCCUGACACCUCUCUCCCGGACUCCCCCUUCUCCCUCCUCCCAACUGUGUCCCCCGAAGCUAUCUCCAGCGUUCCUCCCCACCAUACUUUUCCUCCACCUUAACAUUCCCCUUGUCACCCCAUUGGAUCCACCAGGGCUCCCCCCUGCACGCACUGUCCAUCCUUGUCCCUGUCUUCUUCCCUCAUCAAACCCUGACCAUGGAUCCCGGGCCUCCCUGGGUUGCCAGUCCCACUCCUGGGGGCACCCUCUCUGCCCCCAAUGCCACCACACCUUGGCUGGGCCGGGAUGAGGAGCUGGCCAAGGUGGAGAUUGGAGUCCUGGCCGCUGUCCUCGUGCUGGCCACAGGGGGCAACCUGGCGGUGCUGCUGAUUCUGGGCCGGCCCGGCCGCAAGCGCUCGCGCAUGCACCUGUUUGUGCUGCACCUGGCCCUGACCGACCUGGGGGUGGCGCUCUUCCAGGUGCUGCCCCAGCUGCUCUGGGACAUCACCUAUCGCUUCCAGGGCCCCGACCUCCUCUGCCGGGCCGUCAAGUACCUGCAGGUGCUUAGCAUGUUUGCCUCCACCUACAUGCUGCUGGCCAUGACACUGGACCGAUACCUGGCCAUCUGCCACCCCCUGCGCAGCCUCCGGCAGCCCAGCCAGUCCACCCAUCCACUCAUCGCCGCUCCCUGGCUGCUCGCUGCCAUCCUCAGCCUCCCUCAAGUCUUCAUUUUUUCUUUGCGGGAGGUGAUCCAGGGCUCGGGGGUGCUGGACUGCUGGGCGGAUUUUCGCUUCCCCUGGGGUCCACGGGCUUACAUCACCUGGACCACCCUGGCCAUCUUCAUCUUGCCCAUGGCCAUGCUCACAGCCUGCUACAGCCUCAUCUGCCACGAGAUCUGUAAGAACCUGAAGGUCAAGACGCAGGCCGGGAGGGGAGAAGGCGGGGGCUGGAGAGCUUGGGACAGGCCUGCUGCAGCUGCUCUGGGGCUGCCCUCCCGGGUGAGCAGCGUCAGCACCAUCUCGCGAGCCAAGAUGCGGACAGUGAAGAUGACCUUCGUCAUUGUGCUGGCCUACAUCGCUUGCUGGGCACCCUUCUUCAGUAUGCAGAUGUGGUCUGUGUGGGAUGACGACGCCCCUGAUGAAGAUUCCACCAACGUGGCCUUCACCAUCUCCAUGCUUCUGGGGAACCUCAGCAGCUGCUGCAACCCCUGGAUCUACAUGGGCUUCAACAGCCACCUGCUGCCGCGGCCCCUGCGUCACCUGGCCUGCUGCAGGGCCCCGCGGCCCCGGAUGCGCCGACAGCUGUCCAACAGCAGCCUCUCCAGCCGCCGCACCACGCUGCUGACCCGCUCCAGCUGCCCGCCCACCCUCACGCUCAGCCUCAGCCUGGGCAGGAGCCCCGGGCCCCAAGAGUCACCCAAGGACUCCAAGCAGGUGGAUGGGGAAGCUGCCACCGAGACCAGUGUCUUUUAGACAGGAUGCCCUGGGGUCCAGCACGGCCUGGCGGAGGGUCCCUGCCUGCCUCAGGCUCUGGGUCUAAGAGCUGAAGAGUCAGGGCUGGAGUCAGAGAAGCUCAGGUUGAGACCGGGUAUAGAGGCCAGUAUGGCCGUCCCUACCCUUGGUGCCACAGCGCCCCCUAGUGGGAAUCAGGAGAAGCACACAGGGUAUCCCGGAACACAUCUGGGGGCUGGAUGUGGUGCCUCAGUACUGUUUGGGGCUCCUCGUUCAGGCCAGCCUUGUGCCUUGGCUACCUGUUUCCAUUCUCACUCGAGGAGUACAUCACAGUCCAGCUAGGAGAGAGGAGACGUGAAAAACUGGACGAGGACCCUUGGAAUGCUGUUGGGGUUUCGCUGGAGAGAGAGGAUUGUUUCAUGGCUGUAGCUGAGUUGGUGCGGGGCUGCACCUGCCUUGCCCACCUGUCUGCCGCAGGCAGCUGGCCAGAGGGAGACGCGGGAUUCAGCUCAGCUGAAGGCCAGCUCCUCUCCUCCCACGCCACCCCUCCUCACAGGGGGAAGACGGGGAGAGCGCUGUGGCCCAGGGGAGUGAGUGUGGCAGGGGGAGUCACAGUAAAACCGGGAACCAGAGUUGGGCUGGGGCAGCCAGCACGAGGUGCCCUCCCUCUCUGCCCUGGCGGGUCCAGACUGCUCCUCCCUCUGGGGCUGCACGGAGGAGACGUCCCUGGAGAAAGGGUGGUGUGGUCGCGGCUCAGAUGGCCCUGAGCUCUUCAUUCAUUGCCGUGAGUGUAUGGGUGCUGGGAUCAAGUCGGGAGUCCAGGACCCGAACCUCGGCUCUGCCUUCAGCACAGUACCUCCCUCUCCGGAUGUCAGUCUCCUCACCGUGGAACAGGUGCAAGGUGCUCCCAGGACCUCCCCAGCUCCACAAGACCAGAAAUGGUGAUACAGCCGAGACACAUGGAGGGCGUCCCAGCCAGCGCGCUCCGGGAGAAUCAUCGGCUUCCCGUGACAGUGACACUAUAGUUUGGGGACUGUGGGCCCUGCCAUGGCCAACUGUCCACUUCCAUCCUCGGCUGUGUGACACUGGGUCCCCCUCCAAGGCCAGGGGAGACAGGAGGGCCAGGUAGAGUCUGGGGCUUUGCCUGUUCCUCCUCGUCUCUGGGGGACGACAUCCACAGGGAAGCUUCCCUGCU